AUGCCGCAGGGUGAAACAUUCUAUCGCGCUGUCUCCCAAGUGCUUUUCAUAUCACAGGCUUAUGGUCUGCUGCCUGUGAGUAAUAUACGCGCCCUGGACAUAGAGCAAAUUCGGUUCAAAUGGCUUACUCCACGCGUCUUUUAUUCGGCAAUCAUUUUCAUGCUCAAUCUGAUUGAAUUUGGAGCCGUAUUGAAUCGUGUCAUCAGCGUUGGCGUCACCUUCCACACGUCCAGUUCGCUGGCACUCUACAUUGUUUGCAUGUUGGAGCACCUGUUCUUCUGGAAAUUGGCAUUCAAUUGGCACAGUAUCAUGCGCCACUGGUACCGCGUGGAGCAGCUCUUUCUAAGCGUGCCCUAUCGCUUCUAUGACGAGUACAACAUGAAGCGACGCAUCAACAUUGUUGUGGGUCUCAUUAUGUCAUCUGCUUUAGUGGAGCACUGCCUGCUGCUGGCCAACUCAUGUCACUUAAGCAAUCUGGAGCGCACGCAAUGCAACAUUAAUGUCAGCUACCUGGAAAGCAUAUACAAGUGGGAGCGCCCACAUCUCUACAAUAUACUGCCCUACCAUAUCUGGCUGCUGCCUUUGCUGGAGUGGGUUAAUGAGACGAUCGCCUAUCCGCGCUCCUUCACCGACUGCUUCAUCAUGUGCAUUGGCAUUGGGCUGGCUGCACGUUUCCAUCAGCUACAUCGGCGCAUUGCCGCCGUGCAUCGAAAGGUGAUGCCAGCCAUAUUUUGGACGGAGGUGCGACAUCAUUAUCUGGCUCUGAAGCGUCUAGUGCGUCUGCUGGACGCUGCUGUAGCUCCGCUCGUGCUCUUGGCCUUUGGAAAUAAUAUGUCAUUCAUAUGUUUUCAGUUGUUCAAUAGUUUCAAAAACAUUGGAGUCGAUCUCAUUGUCAUGCUAGCCUUCUGGUACUCGUUAAUCUUUGCCAUCAUACGCACUGCUCUAACCAUAUUUGUCGCAUCAUCAAUCAACGAUUUCGAGCGCAAAAUUAUCACAGCCCUUCGUGAUGUGCCCGCUAAAGCGUGGACCACAGAGGUGCAGCGCUUCAGCGAACAGCUUGGCAAUGAUAUGACCGCUAUAUCUGGUAAUGGGUUCUUCUAUGUCACCCGGCAACUGGUGCUGUCCAUGGCUACCACAAUUAUCACGUAUGAGCUCAUGAUCUCGGAUGUUAUUAACCAGGCAGCAAUACGGCAAAGGACCGUCUAUUGCUGAAUCAUAACAAAAAUGCCCAUCAAGUACUUUUGUG